AUGCCCGAGGGCAAAGGACAAACCAAAUUCGCCAUCGUAGCGGUCGACUACUUCACCAAAUGGGCUGAGGCCGAACCACUUGCCACCAUUACCGAAGCCUGUGUCCGGAGUUUCGUAUGGAAGAAUAUCAUAUGCCGGUUCGGGCUACCCCGAAUCCUAGUUACGGACAACGGUCGCCAGUUUGACAACGCGCGAUUCCGCGAAUUCUGCUCCAACUUCAACAUCGCCCUCCGCUUCUCCUCCCCAGCACAUCCACGAGCUAACGGUCAAGUGGAAGCCGUUAACAAAAUUAUCAAGCGCACCCUAAAGAAGAAACUCGGCGACAAGAAAGGCGAUUGGGCCGACCUUCUCCCCGAGGUCCUAUGGGCCUAUCGCACCACCCAGGGCUCAUCCACGGGCGAGACCCCUUUCUCCCUAACCUUCGGGUCCGAAGCCGUAAUCCCAGUUGAGAUCGGUAUACCAACGCACCGGGUAGCCUACUUCGACCCUAAACAGAACGGUGAGCAGCUCGACCUUGACCUCGACCUUGUGGAGGGCCGACGGACUCACGCCGAGGUAACUCUCGCCACAUACUAG